AUGAAGCCCCACGGCUCGGUGGUCGGUCCUGGGGUUUCUAUUGGCCAGAUGGCGCCAAUGCCAAGGCCCUACCCCUUUAUUGCCUCGCUUGUCCCUCAUUUGUACUUCUGGGACCCCUCCAUGGCCCCCAUCUACUGUCCCUCCAUAGCCCCAUCUCCUGUCCCCUUCAGUGCCCCCAUCAUUGUCUCAUCUGCUGUCCCAUCUACUGCCUAUCUGACCGCCCUAGAACUCUAUUUCCCGUGUAGUCAUUAUCCCCUCUGUGUCUGA